UCUUGCAAGCAAACGGUCACGCGAUGCGAGGGGUGAGGGCGGGGUAUAUAGACAAGUCACAACACAGGGAGCACCUGACGACCGCCUUCAGUUCCUUCCUCUAAACAAAUCUUCCCCACAACACACAACCUUCUUGCGUUGUCGCUUUGUUCCAACUUGCAAAGCUCGCCUUUCCACUCCUCCUCCUCCUCCUCCUCCACCUCCGUCACGAGCGCAGGCGCCACCGCCCAGCCCAGCCCACCGCAGCCUGCCGGCCAUGGGGUGCUGCUUCUCGUCGGAGAAGGGCGCUAUGGGCGAGAGCAAGGAGCCCGCGGAGAAGACGUCUCAGAUCGCGCCCGCCGCUUUGCCCUCAUCCUCAGGCGAGUCAGAGAUGGCAAUAUUAGAGGUCAGUAAGGGACCCCAUUGCCCAUUGCUCACCUACGAGGAGCUGAAUGUGGCCACAGAGGGCUUCAGACCGGAUCAUUUCCUAGGCGAGGGCGGGUUCGGAAGGGUUUAUAAAGGUGUGGUAAAUGGCACCAACCAGGUGGCUAUAAAGAUUCUGAAUCCUAAAGGAAAGCAAGGCAACAGGGAGUUCUGCAUGGAAGUUCUGAUAUUGAGCAGGCUGGAUCACCCAAAUCUUGUGAAGCUUGUUGGUUACUGCAUUGAUGGUGAUCAGAGGCUUUUAGUUUAUGAAUACAUGCCUUUGGGUUCACUCGGAAGUCAUCUCCAUGAUCUUUCCCCUGAUCAGAAGCCUCUUGACUGGAAUACAAGGAUGAAGAUACUUGCUGGGGCAGCUCAAGGCCUGCAGCAUUUGCAUGUUAAGGCUGACCCUCCCGUCAUAAACCGUGAUGUAAAAUGCGAAAACAUUUUGCUCGGAGAGGGAUAUCAUCCAAAGCUGUCGGACUUUGGCUUGGCAAAGCUAGGUCCAACAGGUGAUGAUACUCAUGUUUCAACUAGAGUAAUGGGUACACCUGGAUAUUGUGCGCCAGAGUAUCUUGCGAGUGGCCAACUGACUGUCAAGUCAGAUAUUUAUAGCUUUGGUGUUGUUAUGCUGGAGGUUAUCACAGGAAGGAAGGCUAUAGAUUACUGUCGAAGUAGAGCUGAGCGUAAUCUUGUUGAAUGGGCCACCCCUCUGAUCAACAGAAAGGAUUUCCAAAAAUUGGCAGACCCAGCGCUCGGCGAUCAAUACAGCAUGAAAUCAUUGUUCCGGGCCCUUACUGUAGCCCAAUUGUGUGUCAAUAGAACAGCCAGCCAGAGACCACAGAUUACAGAAGUAGCUGAAGCUCUAGCUCAAAUCUCACAAUCGCGGUCCAAAAGUGUGCCGCGGUCAAUCCACCUAAAGUAAGCAGCUCUCAGAUCACCAACUUGGCAGAAGAUAGCAGCUAAAUCACAGGAAGUCCAGUGCAAACGAAAAUAGUGUGUUUGGCAGGCCCUGCUUUUUGCUAUGAUGGUUACCGGGAUCACGAACAGGCUGUACUCCCUCCCCAUUGGAUUGCUUAAGUUGCUGCAGGGGAAAAAUUUGUUUGUAGAUUACAGAUAAACUUGUUUCCAUGGCUGAAUGCCCGAGGCUUAGUUUUGUGGUCUUUGACUCUUCGAGACAUGACCUUCAGAGUUUAAAGAUUCUUCCAUGACGCUAUGUGCAUGCUUUCUUCAGUCUGCACCUAGUUUUUCUUAUUGUUUUGCUUAGGUUGUAAUUAACCAAUUUUGUAUCAAUCUCUUUCUGUCCUA